ACAGUAGCCAUCGGGAGGUGCAGGAAAUAGACGCAUCAUCAAAGAAACCACCAAAGGGCUGCCUCAAAAAGAAUGCGCAAAAAACCAAACGGGAAACUAAACCAGUGUUCGAGUAUCUGGAGUAUUCGUUGGAAAGUUCUACUUCUGCCUGGAAAACUGUUGGCCAGUUCCCCAUAGCUACAGAAAUUUUUAUUCUGGGACCAUACACUCCAGCACCUGUUCUGUUACCCAUUUUCGACCCAUCGGUAUAGAACAGGAUUGAACCAUUACGAACAUCGGGACCACCCUCAUCCCAUACUGAACGAGAAAGUUCGAUCACUGUGUAUGGAAUGUCAUAAUUGGUCCUUGGCUCCAUCCAAUCGCUGUUCAUCUCUGAGGUUGGUCCAACGGGUAAGAGAUUCAGGAUGCUCAAAUGACCAGUUUUGUCCCCGUCUAAUAUUUUUUAUAUCUUUUUAGCUUUAGAGCGCUUCUAUUGACCUCCAGCUGAACAUGUUGACCCAAAGGUAACAAGUGAAGGAUAGCCUCCAAUGCCUUUGAGGGUGUGCUUCGCAUUGCUCCUGUUACAGCAACGCAUGCCAGUCGUUGGAGUUUGUUUAGCUUUUUUGUAGCUACAGUCUCUUUAGUCUUUGGCCAUCAUACUAAUGAGGCAUAGGUUAUCCUAGGCCGCACAAUUGCUGUAUAGACCCACAUAACCAUUUUUGGUUUCAGGCCCCAUGUUCUACCUAUCAUUUUAGAACAUGCCCAUAGGGCAAUGUUGGCCUUACUGAUAAUUGCAUCUAAGUGUGCGUUCCAGUUUAGUUUAGCAUCUAGGAUUACGCCUAGAUAUUUCACUGAAACGCUGAAUUUUAUUUCCUCUCCUCCAAGAUUUAGAGUCUGCAGAUGCAGUUUCUUCUUUUUGGUGAAAGGAACAAUUGUUGUUUUUGAGGGAUUUAUGCUCAGACCUUCUUUGAUACACCAUGAUUGUGUAAGGUUUAAGGCCAUCUGCAUCCUACUCGAUAUCACAUCGUCGAAUUUGCCACGUACCAUUAUGACUAAAUCAUCAGCAAAACCCACGGUUUCGAAACCAUUCGCCUCCAAACUAAUCAGAAGGUCGUCAACCACCAGUGACCAAAGUAGAGGUGAUAGAACCCCUCCUUGUGGGCAACCUUUCGUUGCAAUCACAGAUGUCGAUGACCCACCCAGCUCCGAGGUGAUUUGUCUAUUUGUGAGCAUGCCUUUGAUCCAUUCGACUAUGCAGUCAUCGAAAUGUCUUCUUCUCAUAGCCUGUGCCAUUGAUACAUAGGAAGCAUUGUCGAAAGCCCCUUCGAUAUCAAGAAACGCACAUAAUGCAGUUUCUUUUGACGAAAGAGAUUUUUCAAUUUUAGUCACAAGCGUGUGUAACGCUGUGACUGUGGAUUUGCCUGAUUGAUAGGCAAACUGGUAUUUAGAUAAAGGGCAUUUGGACAUGAAUACAGGCUUUAUGUAUUCAUAUAAUACUUUUUCCAUAGUUUUCAGCAGUUGUAAGAAAUCGAAAGAAUUUAGCAAUUUAAUUUCAAUAUCGUAAACGAUCGAAAGAAGGACAGAAGAAAAACACUAUACGAUAAGAGCGAACCGUGUGUAAGAUCCUAAAAUAACAAUCCUAUCGGGAGCGGGUGCAAUAAAACCUGGUGCAAUAAAACCUAGUAGAAAGGAAAGGAACCGAAAACAAUCGCACACAUUUCUUAUCGCGUUAGGCUCCGUUGCUCUUAGAAUGCAGUUAUGGAUAUCGUAUGUUUUGAAAUACAGAUAGCGAUAGGUAAAGGACUUGUAUGAAAAGAAGCAAGGACGUUUAUAGUCUUCUCUUUCUUUCGCACGUUAGACUUAAAUUUAGGGUAGAUUUAGGAUAAACUAAAAUUGUAUAAAAACCCAAGGUUCUCUGAAUAAAGCAAGUAGUCUUUGGAAUCGUGUCUUACGAUUAAGUAGUCCGAAACCACCUCCAUUGAAUCGACUGACGAGAGUUCUUCAGAUUCAAGUCUUCCAACGUUCGCAGCAAUAGUUGUAUAAUUUGCGCUCGGAGUUCGUGAAGAUCUUGUACUCGUUGAUCCUCCCGCUUAGUUGAUGUUCGAUAUUUUGAUCAGCUCCCGUUCGUUGCUCGUUCCGUACGGAAUUAGUGCGAAGGCAGUCAGUUCAAUUUAUUGAAAGGAAUAAGUCUGAUUAGCUUCCGUUCGUGGCUCGUUCCGUAGGGAAUUAGUGCGAAGGCAGACAAUUCAGUUUAUUCCAGGAAUAGGUUAUUUCUCGUGACGCUUUUCUUCUACUUCAACUUUGUAAAUUGCCAAUCCAGACUCAGAAAGGUUGAUUCCUUCGCUCAACCGAGUUUGCGUAUUGGGCAACUUUUACAUUUGGUGGCUCCAGAGAGGAGGAGCCUUUCAUUACCAACGAACUCAUAAGUGCGUGCUCAUCGCCAUAAGAAUGAGCAAAGGGCCAGUUGGAUAGAGAACCCAACAGGAUUAAAAGCUUAAUAGAAGCUUAUGCGCGUGCUCAACGCCAUAAGAGUGAGCAAGUUGGAUAAACAAAUCCAACAGGACUAAAAGUUUAAAAGGCCUUGUGAAAGUGCAAAUCACCUUGAAGUGAAUAAGUUGGAUAAAGAAUUCCAACAGGACUAAAAGUUUAAAAAGCUUUCUGAAAGUGUGCUAACCUGAAAGCGAGAAAAUAAAUCUCUCAAGCUUAAGAAAGCUUAAAAAGGCUCAACGCCUUGAAAAGUGAGCAAAGUGUAAUUACAAACAACUGGAAACGGAUCCUGAGAAUUAUACAUUAUUUCAACGGCUGAGUAUCUUGAAAGCAACACCAUGAUACGUUUCGUGGAAAAUCAAAACGGAAAUUGCCGUUUGUGCUCGGAACCAGACCAUAAACAGGAUAUGGUUGAAUGCGACGAUUGUGACCGAUGGUUCCACAUCGGUUGUGUUAACUUAACGGUCGCGCCGACAGCGGAAGAAAAAUGGAUCUGCCCGAAAUGCGUGCAGAUCCAACAAAGAUUAGCAUCAUUGGAAAUAUCUGCUCGGAAGAAAGAUGAGCAGAUAAAACAACAACUGGAUGCAAUGGACAAAUUAAUGGCGACUAUGAAAGGCCAAUGCUCAACGUCAUCCUCGGGCCAAGUAACAAAUCAGCCCACGGAUCGAUCAUUUACCCAAACAGUGAGUAUGUCUAGUGACUGGACUAUAUAUUUAAAGAGGCAAUCAUUGACGACCCUACCCAGAUUUUCUGGCGCAUCAAAGGAUUGGCCAAAAUUUAAGAAAACAUUCCAUGAUACAACGGCAGAGGGAGGUUUCUCAAAUUUAGAGAACCUCAACCGCCUGGAACAAGUUCUGAAAGGGGACGCGUAUAAAACCGUCCAACAAUUGAUGAUUAACUCAGAGAAUGUUCCGAAAAUAAUCGAAAAGCUGGAAGAAUGCUUUGGAAGGAAGGAUCUUGUAUAUAAAGAACUUCUGAACGACCUGAGACGUAUCAAAAAGGACAGCCGAACCGUAGUUCCGGAUAUAUCAGACGCACUAGAUAACAUGGUGGUGAAUAUGGAGGCGCUGGGCCAAAAGGAAUAUCUACGUGAUCAUCGUUUAAUAGAGGAAAUCAUAGAGAAGCUGCCAUACACGAUACAAGUGAAAUGGGUUGAAGUGAUCCAAAGCAACACUUCGAUCCCAACACUCAACGAUUUGAAUAAGUGGUUAUUGCCACAUUCAAGAAUAGCCCGUAUGAUGCAAAAGUCUAAUAACAGUGUGUCGACUACGGAAAGGAAACCUCGAGUUAAUGUUCAUCAAACUAUGAAAUGUGCACUUUGUUCAGCCAGUCAUAGGCUAUUCCAAUGUAAGAAUUUCAAACAAAUGAAAACAUUGGAACGUAGAGAGUUUUUGGCUAAAAAAGGAAUUUGUUUCAAGUGCCUAAACUCCAAUGACCACAUUAUGAGAAAUUGUAGCAUGAAAGGAAUAUGUGGAAUCGAUGGGUGCAACAAGGAGCACAAUCGCUUACUUCAUCAAAGAUCGGAGUAUAAAAGAAAUCAGGAUACGGCUGCUGACGUACGACGAGGUCCCGAAGAAACCACGAAUAUUCAUCGACAACGCAAGGAACACCUUUACUAUCAAAUAGUUCCUAUAACAGUCCAAAACGGCGAAAGAAUGAUAGACACCUACGCCUUCCUGGACACAGGAUCAUCAGUAACACUAUUGGACGAGAGAAUGGCUAACAUGUUAGAGUUGGAAGGAAAAGUUGACCCGCUUACAUUAAAAUGGACACAGGAUUGUUUAAAAUCCUGCUCAAGCAAGAGGGUAAAAUUCUGGAUAAAGGGCAUAGGAAAACCAGUGAUGGCCCGGACUAUGCAUGAUCUAAAUCUUCCUAUCCAAACAGUUGACAUGGAACAAAUUGCCAAGAAUUAUCCCUACUUGAAGGACAUUCCGCUUCAAGAUUAUAAGGAAGCUCAGCCUACAUUGUUAAUUGGAUUGGACAACAGCGAAUUACUGAGUGCCAUCAAAACGGUAAAAGGAAAUGGUCCUAUGGCAGUAAAAACGCGACUCGGAUGGGUGAUAUACGGAAAGGAGUAUAACAUAAACCGUCAAGAUUAUACAAUGGUCAUCCAGGAAGAACAGGAGAUGAGCAAAAUGAUGCAGCGAUACUUCUCAAUCGACGAUUUUGGAGUGAAAUUAGUGGAAAAACUGCCAAGAUCACCAGAGGAAGAAAGAGCACAACAGAUUCUCGACAACACCAUCAAGCUAAAAGACAACCGUUACGAGGUCGGUCUGCUAUGGAAAACCAAAGACGUACAAUUUCCGGACAGCUAUCAUACAGCCUUACGGAGAUUGGUGAUUAUGGAGAAUAAAUUGAAACAAGAUGAAAAAUUGAAGGAUUGGGCUAUCAAUACCUUCGCUGAUUAUGUGAAAAAGGGAUAUGCUAGAAAACUAGCACAUUCAGAGCUAAUUAACGCGGUUCCGAGAACAUACUAUCUCCCGCAUUUUAUAGUUCACAACCAGAAUAAAAUACCUCCAAAACCAAGAUUGGUAUUUGAUGCAGCUUCAAAAAUAAAUGGCGUAUCGUUUAACUCUAAUCUUUUGUCUGGACCUGAUGCUACUACAUCACUCGUUGGAGUAUUGCUGCGAUUCAGAGAGGGACGUAUUGCAGUUUGUGGAGAUAUUCAAGAGAUGUUCCACCAAGUCAAAAUAAAACCGGAGGAUCAGCAUGCUCAACGAUUUUUAUGGCGAGAUUGUGAAAACAAUCGAGAACCUGAUGUAUACAUUAUGGAGGUAAUGAUUUUUGGAUCGACAUGUUCACCAUCAUGCGCGCAAGCAGUGAAAAAUAAAAACGCUGCAGCAUUUAUGGAAUCGAAACCGAAAGCAGCCCUGGCAAUUGAAAAACAACACUAUGUGGAUGACUAUCUGGAUAGUUUUACAAACAUUCGAGAGGCAACCGCUAUUACCAAAGACGUCAUCGAUAUACACCAACAUGGCGGAUUCUUCAUUCGAAACUUUAUAUCGAACAGUAAGGAAUUACUGAGCAAUUUAUCCAGCGAUCGGAUCCAAUCUACCGACAUUAAGGUAAUAGAGGAUAAGGAUUCAUGUGCUGAAAAAGUUCUUGGUGUCUAUUGGAACACGAAACUGGAUUUGAUCGGGUAUCGAUUAUCGUUGAAGAAGCUGAGCAAUGAAGUAAGACAAACGCUACGAUUACCCACGAAAAGAGAGGUGUUAGCAUUUGUUAUGAGUUUGUAUGAUCCAUUAGGAUUGAUAUCAAAUUAUACGAUAAUGGGAAAGAUUUUGCUUCAAGAGCUGCACAAAGACGAGUUAGACUGGGAUGAUGAAGUACCCAAACAUUUGAGCAAACAGUGGCAAAAUUGGCUUGCGAAAAUUCAACAAGCCUCUAACGUAAAAAUACCCAGGUGUAUAAUACCGGAUGGAGCAGGAAAAUUGGAGCUACAUACAUUCGUAGAUGCAUCUGAACGAGCAUACGCUGCAGUUAUAUACUUACGUUGUAUUGCAAACGGCUCGGUUUAUAUACGAUUAUUGGCAGCAAAGGCAAAAGUCGGACCUAUUCAUCAGUUGUCUAUUCCAAAAAUGGAACUACAAGCAGCCUUACUAGGAACCAGAUUGACAAAUACCAUUCAGAACGAGCAACGAAUUAAAAUAGAUAGUAUUACCUACUGGACAGACUCGGAAAAUGUUUUGUCAUGGUUACAACCGAAGAAUAGAAGAUAUAAAAUAUUCGUCACUCAUCGAGUUGCUGAGGUUUUAGAUACAACCAAUAUACAGCAAUGGCGUUAUAUACCGUCUGAAUUAAAUCCCGCCGACGAAGCUACAAAAGAUUUCAAAGGGCAAUCUAUAUGGACAAAAGGACCUCAAUUCCUUAAGAAGCCAGUGAUCGAAUAUCCUAACAGGAAGAUUAAGGAGUCAACGGAAGAGUUGAGACAAGUAGUGGGAUUGCACCAAACAAGUUCUAUAUUCAUCGGAAUCAAACGAUACUCCAGUUGGAAUGUGUUGAUACACCAUGUAUGUGUUGUGAAAAAAUAUGUUGAUUGGCUGCAAUACAAGAAAAACCAACGAUUGAAUAUACAAUCUAAUUUUAAUCGCAAUAUAACAUAUGAGGAUCGAAAAAUUGCAGAAAGAGUUGUGUUUCGUAAAAUACAAAUGACACAUUUCGCUAAGGAAAUUCAUGACAUUGAAUUAAACGGUUAUGUUGAUAUUAGAAAUAAACAGUUAUCAGCGGUUACUCCAAUACUAGAUGAAUAUAACGUAAUGAGAGUUGGAGGUCGUCUCGAAAAUGCAACUAAAUUGCAAAUGAAUACAAUACAUCCUGUGAUUUUACCUGCUGAAGACCAUGGAACACGUUUGAUCGUUGCUGAAUAUCAUCAAAAAUACUUUCAUCGUUCGGAUAACGUAGUACUUGGAGCAUUACAAUUACGGUAUUAUAUACCACACAUGCGUACAGUUCUCAACAAAAUAAAAACGGACUGCUCUAAAUGCAUUAUAAUGAAAGCUAAACCUUUGCCACCUCAAAUGGCACCAUUACCGGCAGCUAGAGUAGAUUUGUAUGCUCAUCCAUUCACGAAUACUGGAGUGGACUACUUCGGUCCUUUUGAAGUAUUGGUAAGACGAUCAAUAGAGAAAAGAUGGGGCGUGCUCUUUACAUGCAUGACUACGAGAGCCGUGCAUAUUGAAAUGGCUGAGAAGUUAGAUACAGAUCACUUCCUAAUGUGUUUUAAAAACUUUCAAAACCGCCGUGGAAAGAUCAAACAUGUAUACAGCGAUAAUGGCACAAAUUUUGUUGGAGCUGAAAAACAACUAAACAAACUAAUCCACGAAAUCGACGAAAGGAUGUCGAAAUCUGAAGCUGUAAAACUGAAGAUAGAAUGGACCUUUAACCCACCAGCAUCACCGCACUUUGGAGGAGUUUGGGAGCGACUCAUCAGAACUAUUAAAGACAAUUUAUAUUAUAUGAUAGGUUGUAGUCGGACACCUUAUCCUGAAACGUUACGAGCAGCUCUAAUACAAGUAGAGUUUAUCUUAAACUGUCGCCCACUAACACACAUACCGUGCAAUAAUGAUGUGGAAGAGGCUCUAACACCGUUCCAUUUCCUAAUUGGACGGGCAGGUGAAUACGUUCCACCUCAAAAUUUGGACAGCAACAACCUCACUCGAGUUCAAUGGGAACUAGUGAACCACUACAGUCAACAGUUUUGGGAUCGAUUCAAGAAACAAUAUAUACCAACAUUAAUAUCGCGACAAAAAUGGACGCAUAAAGUUCAGCCCAUUGAAAUAGACGACAUAGUAUUGAUAACAGACAGUACUAUACGUUGGGGCCUAUGGUUGAGAGGACGAGUAACUGGAGUUAUAAAAGGAAAAGACGGCCAAGUACGUACAGCGUUCGUUAAAACACCCAAAGGGACCUUUAAACGAGCAGCACAUAAGCUAGCAGUAUUGAAUAUACGCAAGGAUGCCGCUCUGAAAGACAUAACGUCUAAAGAAGUAAACAAAAUGAACACCUCAUUUACCGCACUCCAUCAAGUUAUUGAAAGAAACAGCAGUGUGAAUUGUGAGAAAUUUGAGCCGAAGAAAAAGAAACGACGAAUCAAUCCUUGUACUACAACUGUAUUAACAGCGGAAACUUCAAAAGUUUUGGUACAAUCGGAUUACUCUCAAAAAGGCGAAUCUAGAAGGAAAAUAAGAUGGAAAUCAGAUACAGUUAACCGGUUAACGCUCAUGCAACUGUUGAUUGCUGCAAUGUUAUUCGUGGGAUGCAGUGUACUAGGCUCAACAUCUCAUGGAUUGAUCGCAUACGACUGUGCCAAUGCAGAUGUAAAUAUGACUUCAUAUUCUUUGUUGGAUGUGGCAUCUUGCUUACCGCCAACAACUAACCUGACAACAACGGAACUUCGGAUACAAAUGUUACAAAGAAAUUCGAAAAUUCAAACAAAGGUAUUUCAAUGUAAAGUCAUCAUCAAGAGGUCGAUUCGACACUGUGGUAUGCACUCCCACACUUCUGAUUAUCAACACGGCUUUGCCUACAUCGUGAAGGAGUUUUCAUCCGAGGAAUGUCGAAAAGCUCACUAUAGUGGAGCAGUUACACUAGCCGAUAACACUGUUAUUCAGGAAUUGAAUCUCAACAGCACAAAUAGAGGUCAAGUAUUGGUGGUAGGAUCAAUAACUGGCAGUUCCUGCAGUGGAGGAGUGUACAAAACGCCGUUAUACACGUGGACAAACGCCUUAGUAUAUUAUGAAUAUACGAUUACACUUCAAGAUUAUGUCGCCUCUGUAGACAUUGAAAGUAGCCAGAUAAUGUUGAAAGGAGGUUUAACGUGUACAUACACACAUGGACGUUGUUUGGACGCUGAAGAAGGCUAUCUAACUUGGGACAUCGACAUGAACCGUAGAUGUGAAGAAAGCGAGUUUGAAGUUAUUUUUGAAGGAGUUGUCAACAAAACAACGAAUAACCAAAUGAAAACCAUUGGAGAGGUUGUAGUGUACAGCACAAUAUCGGAACGACAUUUAUUUUCGAUAAAAACUACAGCAAGGACAUAUAUAUGUGGACACGUUGGGUUUAAAACAGACCAUCCCAGAAUAUUAGUUUUGGAGUUAUCCAACAUGAGAUCGCCAUUUGUUAGAAAACCUACGUCAGGUUCAAAUAAUGAUCUAUUUACUUACUUCAAUUCGAAAAUAACAUUCGUCGAAAACUACAUUGGUCAGAAAUUAGACGACGUAUACAAUUCGGUUAUGACAGAGAUGUGCAAACUAGAUAAGGCUCUACUGGAAACUAAAUUGACAUUAGCAAGAAUCAAUCCAACGGAGUUUGUAUCGAGCAUAAUGAAGAGGUCAGGAUAUACAGCAGUUGUUGCUGGGGAAGUGCUUCAUGUUAUUGAAUGCAAACCAGUAUUUGUUACGCCAAGAUCCGAAGCGCGAUGCUUCCAAGAAAUUCCAGUUGAAUUUAACAACAGGUCGAUGUUUUUGGCACCUGUGACAAGAAUACUCCAGAACCGCGGGAUUGAAAUAGAUUGCACACCUUUAAUACCAGCAAAAUUCAUGUUCGGAGGAAAAUGGUAUACAACUGAUGGACGAUUACGUGAAACAACUCCACCAGAGAAAUUAGUGUCGGACAUAGUUACAACAUGGUCCUACACACCUCUUCCAAAUCUAAUGCAAAGUGGUGUCUAUGAUGCAGACAAUCUUAAAAAGAUGAGGGAUAUGAUUUAUGAACAAGGAGAUCGUAGAGUGGCAACGAAUGUAAUACACAAGGUGCUGAUUGGACAACGACCCAAUGAUCAAGGAUUCAACUUCGGAGCCUUAGUAUCUGGAGAUGUAAUCGACGAUGCAAUAACAAGGUAUUGGAUGCGGCUUAUGUCUUGGUCUACAUGGCUCGGAAACAUCACAUCAACGGCGAUUGGUCUAUAUAUGAUGGGCAGGAUGAUAAAGUUUAUCGUCGAUACAAUCAUGCACGGCAGAAUUCUAUACGACAUAUAUGGAUUCGGCUGGCAAUUGAUGGCAUCUUGCUGGGAUUCACUCACAACGUUUCUUUCUCACCGGAAUGCAGUACGACAUUUACGUGAAACAUCAAUCAAUUCAAGGAAGACUGAACCAUCUGAUGACAUCAAUAUUGCUACGACUAGGGAGACGGCAAUACCUAUGGAAGAUACGACAACACAACCCAUUUGUGGACGAAUUUUACCAAGAGUAUAAAUAAUGUGAAUUAGUGAAUUAAAAUAAUUAAAAGUGAAUUAGAUAAUAGCUAACAAAAAUUUAUAAAAAAAAAAACAACUGAAUACUUAUACAAUUGCUAAUUCUUUGAAGUGUAAAUUCGAGCAGGUAGAUUUACGGAAGGGGAAAUGUAAGAAAUCGAAAGAAUUUAGCAAUUUAAUUUCAAUAUCGUAAACGAUCGAAAGAAGGACAGAAGAAAAACACUAUACGAUAAGAGCGAACCGUGUGUAAGAUCCUAAAAUAACAAUCCUAUCGGGAGCGGGUGCAAUAAAACCUGGUGCAAUAAAACCUAGUAGAAAGGAAAGGAACCGAAAACAAUCGCACACAUUUCUUAUCGCGUUAGGCUCCGUUGCUCUUAGAAUGCAGUUAUGGAUAUCGUAUGUUUUGAAAUACAGAUAGCGAUAGGUAAAGGACUUGUAUGAAAAGAAGCAAGGACGUUUAUAGUCUUCUCUUUCUUUCGCACGUUAGACUUAAAUUUAGGGUAGAUUUAGGAUAAACUAAAAUUGUAUAAAAACCCAAGGUUCUCUGAAUAAAGCAAGUAGUCUUUGGAAUCGUGUCUUACGAUUAAGUAGUCCGAAACCACCUCCAUUGAAUCGACUGACGAGAGUUCUUCAGAUUCAAGUCUUCCAACGUUCGCAGCAAUAGUUGUAUAAUUUGCGCUCGGAGUUCGUGAAGAUCUUGUACUCGUUGAUCCUCCCGCUUAGUUGAUGUUCGAUAUUUUGAUCAG